ACAGCCAUCUCAGCUGUACUAUCUCACCAAAAUCUUCCAUUUUGACCUUUACCCAACCGGAUUACGCUUCCAACAACAACAAUCUCUCGCUGUUACGGCGUCCACAUCUCGUUUCGUCUUUGCACAGUCUACUACAUACACACGAAAAAGCGAGUUUCACAUUGCAGACAUCGAGCAUGGGUGACAAAUCGACGACGAUAGAGCACAGAGCAUACGCUCGAGUUGGUCUUUUAGGGAAUCCAAGCGACGUUUAUUAUGGCCGUACGAUCUCUUUCAGUCUCGGCAACUUCUGGGCCACCGUUCGAUUACAACCGUCCGAUGAUCUCGUUAUCAAUCCUCAUCCCAAACAUGAUCUCGUCCAAUUCUCUUCCCUCGAUCAUCUGGUGAAUCGGUUGCAGAGCGAAGGGUACUAUGGAGGAGUGCGAUUGCUUAUGGCAAUUUGUAGAGUCUUUUACAAGCAUUGUAAAGAGAACGGAAUUGAUCUUCAUAGCAGAAAUUUUACUCUUUCUUAUGAUACAAAUAUCCCUCGCCAGACAGGGCUUUCAGGUUCCAGUGCCAUUGUAACUGCAGCCUUGAGCUGCCUUCUUGAUUUCUACAAAGUGCGGCAUUUGAUCAAAGUUGAAAUCAGACCUAAACUUGUUCUUAGCGCAGAGCAAGAACUUGGAAUUGUUGCUGGCCUUCAAGAUCGAGUAGCACAGGUUUAUGGAGGCCUCGUUUACAUGGAUUUUUCUAAGGAAAAUAUGGAUAAGUUGGGGCAUGGCAUCUAUACACCCAUGGAUAUUAGUCUUCUACCAUCUCUUCAUCUCAUUUAUGCUGAGAAUCCAAGUGAUUCUGGGAAGGUACAUAGUACAGUUCGGCAACGAUGGCUUGACGGUGACAAAUUUAUUAUAUCAUCCAUGUCAGAAGUUGCAAAUAUAGCAUUAGAAGGACGAACAGCAAUUCUUGAAAAGAAUUAUGCCAGACUCAAAGAGUUGAUGAAUCGUAAUUUUGACCUUCGAAGGAGUAUGUUCGGGGAUGAUGUUCUCGGUGCUCUAAACAUAGAAAUGGUGGAAGUGGCUCGAAGAGUAGGAGCUGCUUCAAAAUUUACGGGUAGUGGAGGAGCUGUUGUUGUAUUCUGCCCUGAUGGGCCUUCGCAAGUAAAGCUUCUGGAGGAUGCUUGCCAGAAAGCUGGUUUUUCCAUUCAACCUGUGCAAGUUGUUCCUUCUCGUCUUAAUGAGGAAGAUCUCAAGACCCUGUCUCAAUAGGAAAAUUUUGGAGUUUGUAGCUUUUAAUAAAGUUUUUUGCUUUGAGGAGCUAACUGAUGCUGGAACAGUCUUUAUUUGACAAAAGUUUACACUAGAGAAGUACACAUAUUAUUUUGAUUUUUCAAUGAAGAUUUUACAAGAAUUUAAUUUAAUCUCAA